CGCGGCAGGCACACGGACACGCUCUUCUCUCUCCCCGUUGUCGCCGCGGACGCUACGGCACAGCUCCAUCAUGGCUCUGAACAUCCUCGGCGUGACCGUCAUGAUGUUCUUCUACCUGCUGGUGCUCGCCAUCGGCAUAUGGGCCUCGGUCAAGUCCAAGAGGGAAGCCAAGAAGGGCCAGGGCGACAAGACCGAGAUGGCUUUACUGGGGAACCGCGGCAUUAACCUGGUAGUGGGCAUCUUCACCAUGACAGCGACGUGGGUGGGCGGCGGCUUCAUCGUGGGCACGGCCGAGGCGGUCUACAACCCGUCUAUGGGCCUGAUCUGGGCUGUCAUGCCCAUCUCUGCCACUCUGUGCUUCAUCAUCGGGGGACUCUUCUUCGCUGAGCCCAUGAGGAACAACAAGUACGUGACCAUGAUGGACCCCUUCCAGAUCAAGUACGGCAAAGUGCCCACCGCGGCUCUGUCCCUGGCCUCACUCAUCUCCGAGAUCAUGUGGGUGACCGGGACCCUCAUAGGACUGGGUGUGACCAUGAGUGUGAUCCUGGACCUGUCCUACACUGUGAGCAUCUGGAUCUCUGCAGCUGUGGCCAUCACCUACACUCUGCUGGGAGGACUCUACUCUGUGGCCUACACGGACAUCAUCCAACUGGUGCUCAUCUUCAUCAGCCUGUGGCUGUGUGUGCCCUUCUCCAUGAUGAGCCCUGCGGUGGUGGACAUCACUCAGACGGCCUACAACUACACCUACCAGAACCCAUGGGUGGGCUCUCUGGACGGGGACCGAGCCUGGAGGUGGAUCGACAACUUCCUGCUGCUGGGCUUAGGAAACCUGGGUCUGCAGAAUUUCCACCAGAGGACGCUGUCUGCCACCUCCUCCUCCACGGCCAAGAUCACCUGCUUCGCUGCGGCCUUCAUCGUCCCCACACUCGGCAUCCCUCCCAUCCUGCUGGGGGCGGUAGCUGCAUCCACAAACUGGAACCUGACCUCGUACGGUCCCCUGUCCCCCGUGGAGCGUGGGGAGACAGGCCUGAUCCUUCCCAUCGUGCUGCAGUACCUCACCCCGUACUACAUCUCCAUAAUCGGUAUCGGAGCUGUGGCGGCGGCAGUGAUGUCGUCUACGGACUCCGCCCUCCUGUCCGCCGCCUCCAUCUUCACGUCCAACAUCUACAAGAACAUCCUCAGGCCUCAGGCGUCUGAGCGUGAGAUCCAAUGGGUGAUUCAGGGCUCGGUGGUGGUGGUGGGGCUGGCUGGGACGUCCCUCACGUUCCUGGACAACAGUGUCCUAAUGAUCUGGCUGCUGCGCUCUGACCUGACCUACACGCUCAUGCUGCCCCAGCUCGUCUGUGUCCUUUUCUUCAAAAUCUCUAACGGCUACGGCGCGGUGCUGGGCUGUGUCACAGGCAUGGUCCUGCGGGUUCUCUGCGGAGAGCCUGUUCUGGGGAUCCCGCCUGUCCUCAUGUUCCCAGGAUGCACUUUGGUGAACGGCGUGUACGUGCAGCGCUGGCCCAUCCGAACCAUCUGCAUGCUCUCUGCCGUGGUAGCCAUUUUGUUUUUCUCGUACCUGGCGGCGCAGCUCUUCGACAGGGGGCUCAUCUCGGAGAAGUACGACUUUUUCAGCGUCAAGCACUCGCAGCCUCAGAGCGGCGUCAAGAAGGAGGAGAGUCUAAAGCUGGAGGGCGAGCAGGCGGAGGCCACGCAGCCCAUGUUAGAGUCUCCGUGUUAG